GGCGAUGCUGCUCUUCUGCCCGGCCUGCGGGAACGUGCUGGUGGCCGAGGAGGGGCCGCGCUGCCACCGCUUCGCCUGCACCACCUGUCCCUACGUGCGGAACGUCACGCGGAAGGUGACGAGCAGGAAAUACCCGCGGCUGAAGGAGGUGGACGAUGUGCUGGGCGGCGCCGCGGCCUGGGAGAACGUGGACUCCACGGCAGAGCCGUGCCCCAAGUGCGAACACCCCCGCGCCUACUUCAUGCAGAUCCAGACGCGCUCGGCCGACGAGCCCAUGACCACCUUCUACAAGUGCUGCAACCCGCAGUGCGGGCACCGCUGGCGGGACUGAGCGCCCCGGGCUGAGGGGCGCGGGGAGCGGGCAUCCUGCUCCUGCAAUAAACGUGGCACUGGGGGCAAGGAA